AUGUGCAUCCCGUACACGCUGCGUGCCUUCUUUGGCCAACACUACAUGAUACCCAAGCCAACCCUCAACGAGAACAAUCUUCCUGAUCAGGCAGGUCGCGUCAUCUUGAUCACCGGAGGCUACGGCGGCGUGGGCUUCGAACUCGCUAAGAUCCUCUACCAGCACCAUGCAACUGUCUGGCUGGCAGGGCGCUCGGAGAGCAAAGGACAGAAGGCCAUCGAGGCACUGACCGCCGAAUACCCUGGCUCACGUGGCUCGCUUCACUUCCUCAAGAUUGAUCUCUCCGACCUAACCACCAUCAAGCCGGCAGCAGAGGAAUUUCAGCGGCAGGAGACCAAGCUUCACUGGCUGAACAACAAUGCCGGCGUUAUGCAUCCUCCUGCGGGCUCGAAGGGUGCCCAGGGGUUCGACUUGCAGUAUCAGACCAACAUCUACGGACCGUUUCUGUUCACCAAGCUGCUCUCACCAAUAUUGAAGCGCACGGCGGCAUCUGAGAAGCCCGGCGACGUCCGCGUGACUUGGGCAGGCAGCACGGCCACCGUCGUGAACACUCCUCCUGGGGGCGUCGCCUGGAAGGAGGAUGGCUCAGACCUCGUGCAUGCAUUCGAGCCACCCAUGAUGCCUUACCAUAUCACCAAAGCCGCCAACUAUCUGCUCGCAGUCGAAUUCGGCAAGCGUUUCGGCCAAACAGAUGGCGUCAUGCAUCUUGCCUACAAUCCCGGCACUCUGUCAUCGGAUCUGGGCCGGACAUCGCCCGCUAGUAUCCGCAUGAUGGGAAAAAUGCUGGAGUCACCGGUGAAGAUGGGUGCGUACACGGAGCUGUACGCUGGUCUGUCCAAAGAUCUCACCCUUGGAGAAGAUCAGGGAGGGUGGAUUGUGCCGUGGGGCAGGAGGUACCCCAUGAGGUCGGACAUUUUUGCAGAGACGAAGAAGGAGGAUGGAACACCGUUCAAGAUGUUUGAAUGGUGCGAUAAUAUCACCAAGAAGUAUGCAUGA